AUGGAAGAAAUUUUGAAUAAAAAUAAAAUUAUAGAAUUUGAAAAUAAUAAAAGAACUUUUGAGUUGUGGAAAAAAUAUGUUAUAGAUGAAGUUCACAAUGAAAAAAAAAAAAAAAUAAAAAAAAAAAUAAAGUCAAUAAAGAAUUUUAGUAAAUAUGUAUAUGAAUGGAAAGAAUUAAAUAGUACAGAAGAUAAUGAGGAGAAAACAGAAUAUGCAAACAUAUAUUUAAGAAAAAGUGAAAAUUCUCAUCUUGCAAAAAAUGAAAUAAAUUUAAAUACAAAAAAAGAAUUGUUAAAAGAAAAUUACAUAAAUGAAUAUGAAAAAUACAUAGAAAAUUUAAAUAACGAUAUAGAAAAAUAUUUAACAGAAGAUAAUAAAUUUUGUAUAGUAACUUAUAAAAAUUACAUGGAUAGAAAUGUAAAUAUAGGUUAUAAUGAAGAUAUAGAUUUUUUAAAAUAUUUUUAUUCUUCUAUAAAUUUGAUUAAGGAAAACAAAAUUAUUGUACCAAAGGGUUUUUAUUUAUACGAACUAAUUUAUCCACAAACAGUUCACUCAUUUCCAAUUAUAAAUAAAUUGAAUUAUUAUUUUGUUAAGCUCUUUAUAAAUAAUAAAUGGUAUUUAGUAUUUGUAGAUUUAAUAUUACCUUUUAAUAGUGAAAAUAAAAUAAUAUCUUGUCAUUCAUUAAAUAAAAAUGAAUUAUGGUGUUUUAUUAUUAUGAAAGCCUUAUAUAAAUGUUUUCAAACUUUUUAUUUUUCUAAUUAUUAUUUUUAUAUUAUUGAAAUGCUUAGUGGUAGAAAACACAUUAAGACUUAUUGUAAUAUAAAUAAAAUAAUUGAAAAUUAUAAAAAAAAUUAUAUUCAGUGCAUUUUAUUACAUGAACACAACAAAAAUAAUGAUUUAAAUACUUUCAAUAAUGACAUUUCUAUCAAAGAAGAUAAUGAAAAUAAAAAUAAUGACAUAAAAAAAUAUAACUGUAAUAAAGAAAAUGUAAGUUACUUUUAUUUUUUAAUAUGCCCUUAUGAAGAAGAAUAUUUAAGAAUAAAAUGUGAUAACGUUAAGCCACAUAAUUUUAUAAAUUUUUCUGAUUAUUUAAUGAAUAAAAAAAAAAACAAUAUACCAAAAGGAUAUAAAUAUUUAGAUAAUGAAGGAAAUAUUAGAAUCUCCAAUGCAGAAUUAAUACCAAUUUCUAAUUUAUCUGAUAAAAAUGAUUCAGAUGAUAUUUCAGAUACAAAUAGAAAUAUAUUAUUUGAAAAAAAAAAAUGUGGGAAUAGAAAUAAUAAAAUUAUUCACAAUAGAAAAUAUAACAUUAUUAUAAAUGAAGAUAUUCAAUCCAUCUUCCAGGUAUUUAAAGAAAUAAUAACAUCAGAACAGAAAAAUUCUAAACAUAUAAAAAGUGAUAAAGACUGUGAUAAAAAUAGUAAGAAUGUUAACUUUAAAUAUAAUAAAAAAAAUAAUAAAGAAAUAUAUAUGUGGUUUAAUGAAAAUGAUAUUGAAAAAAUUCUUGAAAAUAUUAAUAUAACAUAUUCAUGUGAUUACUUAAUAAAAAUAGAUGAGUUUUUACGAAAAGAAAAAGUUCUUUAUUUUAUUAAUAAAAAUAAAUUCAAUACAUUAUCAGUAAGUGAAUUUAUAAAAAAUAAAGCUGAUAAAAAUGAUUCAUUUCAUAAAAAUAAUAAGAGUAAUAAAAUUAAAAAGAAGGAUAAAGCAGUUAGUAAUAAUAUUAUGCAAGCAAACGGCUAUCCAUAUUUAAUUUUAAUUUGUUCUAUUACUAUAAAUUCAAAUAAGAAAGCAAUUAAAGAAACUCCAAAUUGUUAUGAAAAUUAUUUACAUAAGGAAUAUAAAUCUAAUGGAUGUGAUGAUAAUAUAAAUAUAUUACAUGAAAAUGAUAAAAUAAAAAGUAAUAAUUUUAGAAUUACUGAAGAAAAUAACGACUUACAUGAAUUUUAUUUAUCAUUUUUUCCUUACAAAAAAAAGAAAAAAAAAAACAAAGUAAAAAAAAAUAAAUUAAAAAAAGAAAUGUUUAAUUAUUUUAAGGAUUGUGAACAAAUGAGAGAAAAAUUAUCAGCCAUAGAAUUAAAAUAUAAAGAAAAAAAAAAGACAAAAAAAAAAGUAUUAUUUACAAAAGAUGUUUUUGAGUGUGAAUGUUUCUUUAAACAAAUAUACGAAAAUUAUUAUAAAAAAGAUCAAACCAAUAUUUUUUAUUUUAAUAAUUUUAUGUAUGAUUUAUUGAAUAACAGAUAUAAAAGUUAUAUUUUCUCAAAUAAAAUACGAAAAAAAACUAUGCUUCUUAAAGAAAAUAGAGAAUAUUUCUUUUUUUUAUAUAUUAAAAAUUAUUCUUGUAAUAAUUUUUUUAUUGAAUGGAUUAAUGAAAAUAACAACGACGAAAAAUUGAUAAAUUGUAAUUUCAUGACGAUAGAAGAUUUUCUUGAAAAAAGAAUUAAAAUGAAUAUUAGUUUUUUUAAAAAAAAUAUUGUUUUAAAAAAAGAAACCAUAAACAAAGUUUUAUUGAGAUUUACAAUAAAUUUAUCUCUAGAAAAAUGCGCAAAUACAUUUUUUUAUUUGAUUUACAAAAUUAAUAAUUUAAAACUUUUACCUUACCUUUAUUUAUAUAUAUGUAACAUAGAAAAAAGUGAAGCAAUUUAUGAAGAAAACAAAGAUGAAAAAAAAAAAAAAUCUUAUAAAAAUAUGAAAAAUACAGAGGAAAAUUCUAAUAUUAUAGGAAAAUUUUAUAAAUUUUCAUUUCAAGAAUUAUUUUUAAAAAUUAAUAUACCUGAUAAUAAAAGUGAAUGUAAAUAUUUGAUUCUAAUAGUGUCCAAAAAAUUAAGAAAUUUAAAAGAUGAAAAUCUUAAUUUUGAAAUUUCAGUAGCAUUAUCUCCUAAUAUUGAAAUGGAUUUUAAUGAAAAAAAUCUAGAAGGAAAAAAAAAUUAUAUACAAAUUAAUGAGCUGUUAUCCUUCUUUAAAAAUUAUACUUUUAAUAGUAAUAAUAUAAUAUGUAAAAAUGACACUUCGUUCAAUGAAUUUACAACAAAAUUGAAAGAAGAUGAUAAUAACGAAAAUAAUAAUUAUGAAAUGAAAAAAGAUAGUAUUGUUAUCAAAAAAAAAAAUACAGAUAAAUAUGAUAAAGAAGUUGUAAAUGAUAUAAAAUUUAAAAACGAAUUAUGUAAAAAUAUUAUAAAUACGGAUGACAAAAAUAACUUAAAAUAUAUAUUAAAAAAUAGUAGUAGUAGUAGUAAUAAAACCAUUAAAAUAAAUAAAAAGAUAGUUAUAAAUAGUAAAAACAAUUUUGUUAAUGGUAGCAUAUUUAUAGAUCUAAAAAAUUAUUAUUUAUUCAAAAAUAUGAAAGUAAAGAUUAUAAAAGUUAAAAAAAAAAAAAUUAGUGAUGAAGACUAUGGAAAUCUAGACUUCAUUCUAAAAAAAUGGGAAAAAAAAAUAAUUUUACAAAAAAUUAAAAGAAAAAAUGUUUUCUUUAAGCAUGUAGAACUUUCAACAAAUGAAUCCUAUUUUGUACAUAUUGAAAUAAAAAAAUACAUAGAUCUAGAAGAUCUUAAAAAGAGUGACAAUUAUGUUAAUUAUAGUGAAAAUCAUAACUCUCAUUCUAAAAUAUUAAAUUCACAAAUGAAUAAUUAUUCAAAUGUAAUUUUAAAUGUAUAUUUAAAUUUUUCUGAGGAUAUAUCAUUAAUUAGUGAUCCAUCUAAUGAGGAAGUAGAAAAGGAAAUAAUAAAAUAUCUUGAAUUUAAUAAAAUUAAUAUAGAAGAGGUAAAAAAAUCAUUUUUCAAUAAAAGAAUAAAUAAUAUUUUUGAUUUAAAAAAUGAAUUAUUGUUAAAUUUUAAAGAAAAUUAUAAAACUAUUUUUAUUAGUUUAUUAAAUGAAAAAGAACAAAAAAUGGCAAAUAAGAAUACAAUUAAUGGAUAUAUAUUUAGUAACUCUUAUGAUGGCGAUAAUGAUAUUAAUAAUGAUAAUAAUACUAAUGAAAGACAGAAGAAGAUAAAUGAAAACAAUAAAAUUUGUAAUUAUGAUCAUAAAAAUAAUAGUAAAGAUAGUAAUAUAAACAAUAAUGAAUAUAAUUUUUUACAGAAUAUAAAUAGUAAACAAUUUAUAAAUAAUGAAGAGAGAAUAUUAUGUAAGGAAGAUUUUUAUAAUAUUUUGUUAAAAUUUAGUAACUUUGAUAAAGAAUCAUUUGAUUUUUUAUUUUCAAAAUAUUUAGGAGAGAACACUGAUAAGAUAAAUAUGAGCAAAUUCAUUGAAGUUUUCGAAGGAUUAAAUAACGAAAGUAAUUAUUUAAAAUUAGAAAAAUUCGAAAAUUUUGAAAAAUACCCUUUAACAUUAUUUACUGAUGAUAAAUUUAAUAAUGAAAAUGAAGAAAAAGCUAGCAAAGUAAAUAAUUCUAUAAACAUAGAUUCUGAUUUAUCUUUUGAAAAUUUGUUUUCGUAUCCAAAUAUUUAUCAGAAAAUUAUUGAUGAUACUAUAUGUGAUUUCAAUUUAAAGAAUAAAAUUGAUAUUUUAAAAAUCAAAAUGGAUGCAGAAUUACAAUUAUCACAAAAAUAUGUUUGUCUUUUAAGAAAUGCAAACAAUUUCACGGAUAUCAUUAAAAAUAAUUAUCUUUUUUUAGAGAAAAAAAAAAAAAAAAAAGGUAGUAAUUUGAAUUCAGAAGUAAAAAAUAUAAUACAUAACAACAAUAAAAUAAUUGAUGUCCCUUCUAAAGAACAAAACAUCAAUUUAAAUUUGCAAAAUGUAAAUAUUUCAAGAAAAGAAACAGAAUUAAAAUUAUGUAAAAGUGUUAAAAUAGAACCAGUAAUUAUAAACAUACAAGAUUUAAUAAAUGUAGUAAAGAAAAUCGACAAAUCUCUAGACAUAUGUGAUAUUAAGAAUAUGAAAAAGAAUAUACGUAAAAUUAUCAAAGAAAGAAAAUUAUUUAUUGAAAAUAUCAAAAAUUAUAUUAAGACUAAAAAAUUAAAAAAUUUUAAGUUACAAGAAUUAAAAGACUUACAUAAAAAAGCACUGGAAUUGAACUUAGAAAUUUAUAAUUGUGAUUUAAUAGAUUUUAUAAAAAAUCAAUAUGUUGCAAUAGAUAUAUUAAAUAGUAUAAAAUGCUUAUUUAAGAAUAAUGAAUUAAAAAAAAAUAAAACAAAUAAUGAUAUUAAUAAAGAAGAAAUUUUAACAGAUAGAACUUUAUUUCUAGAAUUAUUUCAAAAAUAUUCUGAUGUAAUUAAAAAUCACAACGAAAUUCAAUUAAAUGAUUAUUAUAAAAAUAUUUUUAAAGAUUCGCAACAAAUAUAUAAUAAAAUAUUGAGCGAUUCAACGUGCAAACAUGAAAAUGUGUAA